AUGGCCCAAAACACAUCUCUGUAUUUUCGUAUUGUCGAGGGCAGGAACCUCCCCGCCAAAGACGUAUCUGGAACCAGUGAUCCAUACUGUCUGGUAAAAGUUGACAAUGAAGUAGUGGCCAGGACAGCCACAGUGUGGAAGAACCUAAAUCCUUUCUGGGGUGAAGAGUAUACACUGCACCUCCCGAUGGGUUUCCAUUCCCUCUCCUUCCAUGUCAUGGACGAGGACACCAUUGGCCACGAUGAUGUUAUCGGAAAGAUUUCACUGAAUAAAGAAGCCAUCAGGUCUCCAGCCAAAGGGCUGGAUAACUGGCUGAACCUGACGAGGGUCAACCCUGAUGAAGAAGUCCAGGGAGAGAUCCAUCUGAGUGUGGUGCUGCUGAAAGAUACGGAGAAGAUCAGCCUGCGCUGUCAAAUCAUUGAAGCCAGAGACUUGGCUCCAAGAGACAUCACCGGGACCUCGGAUCCAUUCGCAAGAGUUGUUUUCAACAACCACAGCGCAGAGACCUCGAUUAUCAAGAAAACUCGUUUCCCUCACUGGGGAGAGUCACUGGAGCUGGAGGUGGAUCCAGAGGAGCUGAGUGGGGAAGGACACAUCACUGUGGAGGUCUGGGACUGGGACAUGGUGGGAAAGAAUGACUUUCUUGGAAAGGUGGAAAUCCCUCUUGCUUGUUUGCACAAGACACCUCUAUUAGAGGGCUGGUUCCGUUUGCUACCCUUGGGAAACAACGAAGUUGAUGCAGGUGGUAAGCUGGGAGCGCUGCGCCUGAAGGUGCGUCUGGUGGAGGAUCGCAUCCUGCCAUCUGUGUACUACCAGCCUCUCAUUGACCUCCUGGUUGAGUCAGUCAUCUCGCCCACAGAGGUGGAGGAUAGCAGCGCUCUGACCAUGCUGGAGGAUGUAACCACGGUUGAGAGCCGUCAAGAUGUGGCAAUGACCCUGGUGAAGAUCUACCUGGGCCAGGGCCUUGUGGUGCCUUUCCUGGAUUACCUGAACACGCGGGAGGUCAACCACACCACUGAUCCAAACACUUUGUUCCGCUCCAACUCACUCGCCUCCAAGGCCAUGGAGCAGUUCAUGAAGGCUGUUGGCAUGCUGUAUCUGCAUGAGGUGCUGAAGCCCAUCAUUAAUCGCAUCUUUGAUGAGAAGAAGUACAUCGAGCUGGACCCGUGUAAGAUCGACCUGAACCGCACCAGAAGGAUUUCAUUUAAGGGAGCAGUGUCGGAGGCAGAGGUGCGGGACAGCAGUGUGGAGAUGCUGCAAAGCUACUUAACCAGCAUCACUGAAUCUAUUGUGGGCUCAGUCGAUCAGUGUCCUCCGGUCAUGAGAGUGGCCUUCAAACAACUGCACAAGAGAGUCGAGGAGCAAUUUGCUGAACCCGAGAACGAGGAUGUGAAGUAUCUGGCCAUCAGUGGGUUCUUCUUCCUGCGUUUCUUCGCUCCUGCCAUCCUCACGCCUAAACUGUUCCAGCUGAGAGACCAGCACGCGGACACGCGCACGAGCAGAACCCUGUUACUACUGGCCAAGGCGUUGCAAAGUGUCGGGAACCUGGGCCUUCAGCUGGGUCACGGAAAGGAGCAGUGGAUGGCGCCUCUUCAUCCCAUCAUCCUUCGCAGCGUGGCGUCGGUGAAGGACUUCCUCGACAAAUUAAUCGACAUAGACCAUGACAUUGUGUCAGAGGUGCCUCAGAGGGCCGUGUUCAUGCCGUCUGUCACAGUCAAAGAGGGAUUCCUCCACAAACACAAGACAGAGGGUCCGCAGCUGCUGUCCCGCUUCGCCUUCAAGAAACGCUACUUCUGGUUGACCAGUGAGACGCUCUCCUACGCCAAGACCCCUGAGUGGCAGGUGCGCUCCUCCACCCCCGUGCAGUGCGUGUGUGCCGUGGAGAGGGUGGAUGAAAAUGCCUUUCAGCAGCAGAAUGUAAUGCAGGUCAUCACCCAGGACAACGACGGACAGAUGCACACCAUGUACAUCCAGUGCAAGAACGUGAACGAGCUGAACCAGUGGCUGUCAGCGAUCAGGAAAGUCAGCAUCUACAAUGAGCGCAUGCUGCCCUCUUUCCACCCCGGGGCUCAUCGCAGUGGCAAGUGGACGUGCUGUCUGCAGGCCGACCGGGCAGUUACAGGCUGCAGUAGAACCCACUCGGCUGUGACUCUGGGGGACUGGAGCGACCCGCUGGAUCCUGACGUUGAGACUCAGACCAUUUACAAGGAGCUACUGCAGGGCAGAGAGAAACUGAGGAAAAAAUAUUUGGAGAUGCCGGAUGCUGAUCAGACGUUGAGCAAUAAAGGAAAGAUCAGCCCUGACUUUCUCCCAGAUGGAGCAGAAUGCAACGCUCAGCUCCUGAAGCCAGGUCAGAGAACGGUCGCCCGGCUGAUGGCGGUUCUAGGGGAUCUGGAGCAGGCCCACGCCACCUUCCAGCGCAGAGAGAAGCAGGACGCCACCAGUGUCAUCCUGAAUCCCUAG